CUCCCAUUAUUAAGCUCCAUGUUAGUGUCUCAGACGACGAAAAACUCAGAACAGAGCAUAGCGCGCUCACACUCUCUUCUGCCUCUGUUGUUUUCCUGCUGCUCAUCCUUUCUCGCUGCGCUGACUGACUUGCAGACAUCCUGAGGACGAGCUGGGGGGGGGGGGGAGAGAGACACGCAGCAUCAGCACCUCCCUGAUCCUCCAUCCCCUCUGCCUGCUUGGAUCAGGGCUUCACCUCCGCCACCUUCACUGCCGUCAUGUGUGACUGUUUCCACCUGGCGUUCCCCAACUGGCACGCUGCUUCUUCAGGGAUAGGAGCCAGGAGAAGGCUGGAAGGACCAGAGUCCACUCCAGAGGACAACUCGGCAUGUGGAGAGCCUACGCAGUUUACAGAGGGGGAAAGGCCACGCCCACAAGGAUCAUCGCCUGUGGAGGAGGACCCUGAAGCUGCCAGAUAUGACAGGGACAAAAAGAGUGAAGCAGAGCGUGACUCUGGCCUUAAAAGCGGAAGUGGACCCAAAGCAAAAAAGUCUGGUUUUGUGUCCAUGUUUGAAAAAAGAUCUUCAACUCCAAAGAUGAGAAAAGUGAAGCAGGGCCCCCCCAGCCUGGAAGCCGGUGUGAUUGUGGAAACAACUAGGGACGGAUGUUCAGAAGGUCUCAUUUAUGGAGGAGGAGGGAAAGAUGGGAUCUUCAUCAAAAAGGUGCUGCCAGAGUCACCUGCUUCAAAAAGUCUGAAAGUGAAAGAAGGCGAUCAGAUCCUGAGUGCCACUGUGUAUUUUGACAACAUGCCUUUUGAAGAUGCCGUCCAGAUCCUGGAGCACGCUCAGGCUUACAAAGUCAAGCUCUGCCUCAAACGCACACCGGAGCUGGAGACCGAUCCGGUUCUAGAGUCUGCUAACAUCCCUGAAGAAGAGCUCUGCUCUGCUGAGAUGAAGGAGCAAGUGAAAAGCAGAAGUCGUGAGGAUGCUCGCAUCUCGUGGCCAAAGAUCUCCACCUUUGGAAAAGAACGAAAGUCUUGUUUUACAAGGUCUCACAGCACCUCCGAGGCAGACGAGCAGAGGAAUCCUGAACUGAGUCCCACCACAAGCGACACAGAGUCUUCUAUAAAGUUUCAGGAUGCUCUUAAAGGGAAGAAGAAGCACAGGAUAACGCUCUCUGCUCUGACGAAGAGGAGCCACACCAGUUUGUCUGAAGAUGCUCAGACAGGACAAGUCAGUGGUCAGACACAGGAAUCAGAUCUGACUUCUCCAGAGGACCUGGAGGGAGUUUUAGGUGUCGAAGUCAACAUGACUGAAGGUAUGAAGGUAGAAAACCACCUGAAGCCUCAAACUAGGACCGACGCUCAAGGUAUUCAACAUAAACGUAUGGAUGCAGGAAGUCCUUCAAAAGCAGGGGAGCCAGCUCUGACUGUGGCUGGUCAGGAGAGUCUCUCCAUAAAGUCCCCCGAUGGAAAAAAGAAGAAAAAAGAGAAGUCUGAGUUAAAACUCAAAAGUCCAGGGAAAGAAAAAUCACACAAAAAAGACUCAGACGUUAAACUGUCACCGAGAAGGCUGAAAACACUCGGAGCGAGUUUUGAUACGGAAGAUCAACUCGAUGAUGAAAAACUUGAUUUUAUCUCAAACUCUGAGUCAAACAAACUUCUGGAGGAUCACUCUGAACCCGAUGAAAAUAAGCUAACUGUUGGUGGUGAGAGUUCAAGAGUAACCUCCUCCAGAUCCAUGACGGCUCAGAUAAGUUUCCCGAAGGUGGAGCUGGAUUUAUCCGACGUUGCCUUUGUGCGAAAAUCUCCACACAAAGACAAGAAAAAAGGACAGAAACAAAAAGAAACAUCCAAACAGCUGAGAAAAGUUUCAAGUGAAGAAAUCCAGAAUAUAAACGAAUCCACGGCCCAAACUGGGAAUGUUUCAUCCACACAACUUCCCAAACGGGAAGACAUGGAAAUUCCUGGAAUGGAAGACAUGUCUGUGAAGGCUCAAGUGAGAAAAAACAAAAAACAAAAAGGUGGUUUUAUUGUGAAAACUCAAGACAGCCAAGCUGAAGCUGUGCAACUGUUUAUUGAUGUCAACAGCGUCAAGGAAGCGGUUUCCAAACUGCCUGGAUUCAAGCUGCCUCAGGUGGACACAUCCGGAGUGCCGAUCCCAGAAGAAAAAACGGUCAUAGAUGCAAACGCACAAAGAAUAUUUAUGAAAACACCAACUAAGGUGGUAGAACCAGGAAGACACCAAGAAAAACACGAGGCACAUUUCAGCACAAUCGAAAUCCUCUCUCAAUCAUUUAAACCAGCAAACAUCACAUCUGCUGGUUCAACCUCAGUAGGGCCUUUGCCGAGGGAUAAAGAUCCUUCCCCAGAGGUUUCCACCUGUCAAGAACAAGAAACUGUUCAAAGCAAAGGUGCAGGUGGAGUGAAACCAGAGAGUGAUUCAGCAGUUUUGAAAACAUCACAGAAAAAAAUAAAAACAGUAAAUAUAACGAUGCCCAGCUUUGAGUUAUCACCAGAAAUACGAAUCCCUGAGAUGAAGAAAGACAAAGAGCAGGCUAGAGGAGUCACGUGUGACGUUCAAACACCAGAACUCGUAGGCAUCGAGUUCAUCGAUUCAGUAGACGAGUCAGCAGCCAAAAAGGAGGGGGGUGUUACCAGCUGUGGUAUCAGAACCAGCAUGGAAGGUUCUGUUUUACAAAUCACAUGUUUUGAGUCUGAAGAUCAAACAGCUAGGCUCUCCAAACCCAGAGACGUUUCUUCAGACAUCAGUGGAGAUCAGAAAACGUCUGAGAUAAAAACUACUGAACAAGCGGGAAGAGCUUCCAGGUUUAAACUGCCUCAUCUCAGUUUCUCUGUGCCAAAAAUCAAAGGACCAAAACCUGAUUUCACCACAUCGAAACAAGAAGUAGAAGUCGCAGAAACACAGAGCAAAGCUGAGUGUCAGGUCCCUGAGGGCCCAGAGAAUGAAGCUUUUAUUUUGAAAGAAAUGACAGAAGCAGAAAAACCUGAACUGAAAAAGAAACUUCCUGAAACUCGGGAAGAACUUGGAAAGCAAGAAAGCAAAGUCAAAAGGCACAGUUUUGAAAUGGGAACGCCCACAUUCAAAGACCCUGAAGUUGACUUAAACCUGUUAAAGAUAAACAGAGAAGUAAAAGCACCCGAUAUGAAAGCGGAGGCCCAUGGUUCAGGAGAAUAUCAAGCUGAGGCAGAGAAAACGCACCUGAAAAUCCAAACCGUGGAAGCUCAUGAAAAACAGCAAGGAAGUAGAUUCAAGAUUCCAAAGUUUGGAAUCAAGAUCCCAAAAAUAAAAAGCCAUGAGUUUAUCACGAGCCAUGAUUUAUAUGAAACUGAGGUCCACCACCCAGAAACAUCUGAGGUAAAUGUUUCCCCAGGUAAAGUAGAUAUGGAUGUUCCAAAUCAAAAACAAGAGCCUGUUAGUGACGAUGGAGAAACACAAGCUACUAAGUUCACGUUUCCCAGGUUCACUAUCGCAAUGCCCAAAAUAAAAGGCCCCGAGUUUUAUAACGAAAUCUCCAAGAAAGAUCCAGAUGCCCCUCUACCAGAGACUAAAGCAGAGGUCCAAAUCCCACCAGUUACCAGACCUGACAUCAGCACAAACAUUUCUAUGUCCCAGGAGGAGAUGGGGGCAGAAGGACCUGAACAAGAGACCAAACCUCUGCAGAUGGAAGGGGAACCUGAUGAAAGAGGAAGGUUCAAAAUACCAAAGUUUGGAAUCCAAAUGCCAAAACUAAAAGUACCUGACUUUGACGUAAGCUUUUCGACUAAAGAUGCUUAUGUCAUACUUCCAGAAGCUACAGCUGAGACUGUGCCAGAAGAAAAGCUGAAGGCAGAAAAACCUCAACUAGAAACUGAACCUGUACAGAUGGAAGGGGGAUGUGAUGGACAAGGGCCUAAGUUCAGGACACCAAAACCGGGAAUUGCAAUUCCCAGUUUGAAGGGGCCUAAGGUAGAUGUAAGCCUCUCAAAACCAGAGGAUGGUGUCAGGUUAUCAGAAACCAAAGAGGACGUAGAGCGAGUUUCACCUGGACUGGGACUCAAGGUCCUGGAGGCCAAGUGUCUUUUGGAUGGAAAAGAAGAAAACAUAAAACCCACCAAAUCUGGAAUUGAAAUUCAUCUAGGACCAAAGACAAAGGCUCCAGCUUCUAAAGAAGAUGUUUCUGAUGAUAUGGACCGUUCAUCUUCAACCAACAAAAAUACAAUGUCAACAAAUGUCAGUUUCUUUGCUCCCAAAUUCAAAUGUCCUGAUUUAGAUUUGGGUUUACCAAGAAAACAAUUAGAGAGUGAAUCAGAGACUGAAGUGGAGACCGAGCUGAAACUUCUAAAACUUCCUAAUAUUGAUGUCGAUCUUGGAAAUGCAGAAACUUUGAUGCCAGAAGGCAAAGUGGAAGCUGGAGAACCUGCAGUGCAAAUCAAAAUUUCACAGACUCAUCCUAAACAUCCCAGCCAAGAAGGAUGGUUUAAAAUGCCAAAGCUGGGAAUAACAAUGCCAAAGGAAAAGGAGCCUGAAACACAUUUAAACGUUCUAGAGGAAGAUACUGAUGAAAUACUUACCAAAGUCAAGAUUGAAGGCAAAAUACCCAAUGCAGAGCUUGAAGAACCUGCUGGUAAACUAGAACAAUCCAGAUCUAAAUUUAAAGUUCCUUCUUUCAAUUUAUCCAAAUUUAGAUCUGCUUUCAGCUUUGAGACUCCAGAGGUGAAAAAAGAAAUAAAAACAGAAGAAUCCACAUUUAAAACAUCUAAAGACAAAGACACAACUGAACAAAAUCAACCUCUCGUGCUGGACAUGGGAACUGAAGGUGAUGGGGACAGCACGUCCCUGCCACAAGUUCAUGAGCUAGCAGCCAAUUUAGGAUCUUCAAACCGAGAUGCUAAUUUGCCAAAAAGAGACACUAGUUUUCUUCCAGAAGCUCCUAAAAGUCAGCUUUUAGACACAGAUAUCACAUCACCAAGAGCCACAGCAGAGUUUUGUCUACCCAGUGCUGAUGCAGAACCAUCAGCAGACGUCAAACCUGCUCAGACUGAACCACAAACAUCCACAGUUAAAGGAUCACCAUCAAAAUUUAAACUACCAGCGUUCAAAUUUCCCAAGAUUGGUGUCAUAAGCCCAAAUGUCAGUACUAAAGCAGAGAAUGUAGAGAAACAAAAUGAUAACGGCAGCUGGAAGGUGGAGUUAUGCACUAUUACAUCAGAGGCUUCAGAGGUCCAAAUGUCAGAGGCAGAACUCAGCUUAUCAAAGAAAAAAGGCAUAGAUACUGAUCUGGUCGCUGAUCUCUCAGCUGAAAUGGAAGCUCCUAAAACCAAAGGUGUGAAGGUUAAAGAAGUUUCACCAUCAAAAUUUAAGAUGCCAAUUGUGAAAUUACCAAAAUUAGGAUUUGACUCCCCUAGUAGCAUUCUGGACAAAGACGCAGUCACCACUGUUGACACACAAGGUCCAACAUUAGAUAUGAAAACUGCAGAGACUGGAUGUGAAGGAAAACAAAGCAAUUCCAAAGUGUCAGCUCCAGGUUUUUCUGUGCCUCCAAUAAAAGGGAAUGACAUGAAUUUAAGGCUCCCAAAGAUGGAUGUGACAAUACCAGAGGCUGAAAGGGAAGUCAGUCUCGGUGAUGCUGAACUGAAGAAAGUCUCCAUUGAAGAUACUAGUGAAGGUAGCACAGCUGCAGCAACAGACGACAGAUCAGAACCACAAUUUAGGUUUCCAGCAUUCAAGUUUGGAGUUUCAAGUACCACAGAGAAGGAGUCUACGGUGGACAAAGACAGACAAGUAGAUACUAUUGUUGAUGUUGAAGCUCCUAAAACAGAGACAGAAUCCAGAUCAAUAGAUUUGAUCAUUACAGAAACAGAAGAUAAAGAAAAAGGAAACAAGUUCAAACUUCCAAGUAUUAGUUUGUCUCUGACUCAAGCUAAAGGGCCCGAUUUAGACUUUAGCCGAUCAGAAGGAAAUGAAGCAGGGACUAUCACACAAACCAUAAAGAGGACCAAAGAUCAAGUCCAAGUCCUUGAAGAUGAUCUGUACAAACCCUCAGCUGAAGUAGAAAUGAAAGAUCCUGAGAUCAAAGGGGUAUCAAAUGAUUCUGAUGGCUCUCCAUCCAGAUUUAAGAUGCCCACUUUUAAACUACCAAAGUUUAAGCUUAAAACCCAAAGUUCCACUGAAGAAGAACCUGCUUUGGACAAAGUGGUUGCAACAAACAAAGAACACACAAAAUCAUCCGAGGAAGUUUUAACAGUUUCAAUGGCAGCACCAAGCAUUGAGACUGAUGGUCUGCCAAUAGACAUACAAACUACUGAAACUGAGCACGAAAGAAAAGGAGCCAGGUUUAAACUACCAAGUCUUGGUUUUUCUGUGUCAGAAAUCAAAGGUCCUGACUCUGGCUUAAGCUCAUCAGAGACAGCUCCAGAUGUAAGACUACCAGACACCAAAGCUGAAGUCCAACUCUCUGAAGUUAAACUAAAACAGCCUUCUACUACGGUGAAAGAUCCUGAGAUCAAAGUGGUAUCAAAGGAUCCUGAUGGAUCUCCAUCCAGAUUUAAGAUGCCCACUUUCAAACUACCAACAUUCAACCUUAAAACUCAAAGAUCCACUGAAGAAGAACCUGCGUUGGGCAAAGAUGUCACAACAGACAUAAAACACACAAAAUCAUCUGAUGAAGUUCUAACAGUUACAAUAGCAGCACCAAGCAUUGAAACUAAAGGUCUGUCAGUAGACAUACAAACUACUCAAACUACACAGGAAGAAAAAGGAGCCAAGUUUAAACUACCAAGUCUUGGUUUUUCUGUGUCAGAGGUCAAAGGUCCUGACUCUGGUUUAAGCUCAUCAAAGACAGUUCCAGAUGUAAGACUACCAGAAACCAAAGCUGAAGUCCAACUCUCUGAAGUUAAACUAAAACAGCCUUCUACUAUGGUGAAAGAUCCUGAGAUCAAAGUGGUAUCAAAGGAUUCUCAUGGAUCUCCAUCCAGAUUUAAGAUGCCCACUUUCAAACUACCAACGUUUAAGCUUAAAUCUCAAAGAUCCACUGAAGAAGAACUUGCUUUGGACAAAGAUAUCACAACAGACAUAAAACACAUACAAGCAUCUGAGGAAGUUCUAACAGUUUCAAUGGCAGCACCAAGCAUUGAGACUGAUGGUCUGUCAGUGGACGCACAAACUAGUGAAACCAUGCAGGAAGGAAAAGGAGCCAAGUUUAAACUACCAAGUCUUGGUUUUUCUGUGUCAGAGGUCAAAUGUCCUGACUCUGGUUUGAGCUCAUCAAAGACAGUUCCAGAUGUAAGACCACCAGAAACCAAUGCUGACGUCCAACUCUCUGAUGUGAAACUAGUACAGCCUUCUACUACGGUGGAAGAUCCUGAGAUCAAAGUGGUAUCAAAGGAUCCUGAUGGAUCUCCAUCCAGAUUUAAGAUGCCCACUUUCAAACUACCAAAGUUUAAGCUUAAAACUCAAAGUUCCAUUGAAGAAGAACCUGCUUUGGACAAAGUGGUUGCAACAAGCAAAGAACACACAAAAUCAUCUGAGGAAGUUUUAACAGUUUCAAUAGCAGCACCAAGCAUUGAGACUGAUGGUCUGCCAGUAGACAUACAAACUACUGAAACUGAGCACGAAAGAAAAGGAGCCAAGUUUAAACUACCAAGUUUUGGUUUUUCUGUGUCAGAGGUCAAAGGUCCUGACUCUGGUUUAAGCUCAUCACAGGCAGUUCCAGAUGUGAGACUACCAGAAACCAAAGCUGAAGUCCAACUCUCUGAUGUCUGUCUGAGAAAAACUUCAGUUGAACAGGAAAACAAAAGUCCAGAGAUCAAAGUCUUGGUUACAACUACUGAUGGGUCACCAUCCAAAUUCAAGGUGCCAAUAUUGAAAUUACCAAAAAUUGGGCUCAGCACUCCAGGCUCUACUGGAGAAGAACUGUGUUUCGACAAUGAUAUCAAAACACAAGAGAUAAUCAUUUCUGAUGAGAUUUCCACUGUUUCAACAAAAGCAAUGAGCACUGACGCGAAAGAUUCAUCAAUUGAUUUAAAAUAUACUAGAAAUGAACCUAAAGAAAAGGAACACAAGUUUAAGCUGCCGAGUCUUGGUUUUUCUGUCUCAGGAGCCAAAAAAUCAGACAUUAAUUUAGGUUUAUCAAACACAGACAAAGACGUUCCACUGUCAGAAUCCAAAGCUGAAGUCAAACUUUCUGAAGUUAAACUAAAACAACCUUCUAACACGAUGAAAGAUCCUGAGAUCAAAGUGGUAUCAAAGGAUUCUGAUGGAUCUCCAUCGAGAUUUAAGAUGCCCUCUUUCAAACUACCAAAGUUUAAGCUUAAAACUCAAAGUUCCACUGAAGAAGAACCUGCUUUGGACAAAGUGGUUGCAACAAACAAAGAACACACAAAAUCAUCUGAGGAAGUUUUAAUUGUUUCAAUGGCAGCACCAAGCAUUGAGACUGAUGGUCUGCCAGUAGACAUACAAACUACUGAAACUGAGCACGAAAGAAAAGGAGCCAAGUUUAAACUACCAAGUCUUGGUUUUUCUGUGUCAGAAAUCAAAGGUCCUGACUCUGGCUUAAGCUCAUCAGAGACAGCUCCAGAUGUAAAACUACCAGACACCAAAGCUGAAGUCAAACUCUCUGAAGUUAAACUAAAACAGCCUUCUACUAUGGUGAAAGAUCCUGAGAUCAAAGUGGUAUCAAAGGAUUCUGAUGGAUCUCCAUCCAGAUUUAAGAUGCCCUCUUUCAAACUACCAACGUUUAAGCUUAAAACUCAAAGAUCCACUGAAGAAGAACCUGCGUUGGACAAAGAUGUCACAACAGACAUAAAACACACAAAAUCAUCUGAGGAAGUUUUAAUUGUUUCAAUGGCAGCACCAAGCAUUGAGACUGAUGGUCUGCCAGUAGACAUACAAACUACUGAAACUGAGCACGAAAGAAAAGGAGCCAAGUUUAAACUACCAAGUCUUGGUUUUUCUGUGUCAGAAAUCAAAGGUCCUGACUCUGGCUUAAGCUCAUCAGAGACAGCUCCAGAUGUAAAACUACCAGACACCAAAGCUGAAGUCAAACUCUCUGAAGUUAAACUAAAACAGCCUUCUACUAUGGUGAAAGAUCCUGAGAUCAAAGUGGUAUCAAAGGAUUCUGAUGGAUCUCCAUCCAGAUUUAAGAUGCCCUCUUUCAAACUACCAACGUUUAAGCUUAAAACUCAAAGAUCCACUGAAGAAGAACCUGCGUUGGACAAAGAUGUCACAACAGACAUAAAACACACAAAAUCAUCUGAGGAAGUUUUAAUUGUUUCAAUGGCAGCACCAAGCAUUGAGACUGAUGGUCUGUCAGUGGACAUACAAACUACUGAAACUGAGCACGAAAGAAAAGGAGCCAAGUUUAAACUACCAAGUCUUGGUUUUUCUGUGUCAGAAAUCAAAGGUCCUGACUCUGGUUUAAGCUCAUCAAAGACAGUCCCAGAUGUAAGACUACCAGAAACCAAAGCUGAAGUUCAACUCUCUGAUGUGAAACUAGUACAGCCUUCUACUACGGUGAAAGAUCCUGAGAUCAAAGUGGUAUCAAAGGAUUCUGAUGGAUCUCCAUCCAGAUUUAAGAUGCCCUCUUUCAAACUACCAACGUUUAAGCUUAAAACUCAAAGAUCCACUGAAGAAGAACCUGCUUUGGACAAAGAUAUCACAACAGACAUAAAACACAUACAAACAUCUGAGGAAGUUCUAACAGUUUCAAUGGCAGCACCAAGCAUUGAGACUGAUGGUCUGUCAGUAGACAUAAAAACUACUGAAACUGAACACGAAAGAAAAGGAGCCAAGUUUAAACUACCAAGUCUUGGUUUUACUUUGUCAGAGGUCAAAGGUCCUGACUCUGGUUUAAGCUCAUCAAAGACAGCUCCAGAUGUAAGACUACCAGAAACCAAAGCUGAAGUCAAACUCUCUGAAGUUAAACUAAAACAGCCUUCUACUACUGUGAAUGAUCCUGAGAUCAAAGUGGUAUCAAAGGAUUCUGAUGGAUCUCCAUCCAGAUUUAAGAUGCCCACUUUCAAACUACCAAAGUUUAAGCUUAAAACUCAAAGUUCCACUGAAGAAGAACCUGCUUUGGACAAAGUGGUUGCAACAAACAAAGAACACACAAAAUCAUCUGAGGAAGUUUUAAUUGUUUCAAUGGCAGCACCAAGCAUUGAGACUGAUGGUCUGCCAGUAGACAUACAAACUACUGAAACUGAGCACGAAAGAAAAGGAGCCAAGUUUAAACUACCAAGUCUUGGUUUUUCUGUGUCAGAAAUCAAAGGUCCUGACUCUGGCUUAAGCUCAUCAGAGACAGCUCCAGAUGUAAGACUACCAGAAACCAAUGCUGAAGUCCAACUCUCUGAUGUGAAACUAGUACAGCCUUCUACUACGGUGCAAGAUCCUGAGAUCAAAGUGGUAUCAAAGGAUUCUGAUGGAUCUCCAUCCAGAUUUAAGAUGCCCACUUUCAAACUACCAACUUUUAAGCUUAAAACUCAAAGUUCAUCUGAAGAAGAACCUGCUUUGAACAAAGAUGAUAAUCAAAUUCCAGAGAGAGAUCUAGGACUUACCACAGCAGCACAGAGCACUGAAAGAAUAGGCCCCUCAGUUGAAAUAAAAACACCAGAAACUGAACAUGAAGGGGAAAAAGGCAAAUUUAAGCUGCCAAGUUUAGCUUUUUCAGUCCCACAAGUCAAAGGACCUGAUGUGGAUUUCAACUCAUCAAAGACUGUUGUGAAGGUGACAGGACCAGAACCCAAAGUCACUGAUGUUGAACAAAAACAAGCUUUAACUGGAGUGGAAACUAAACCUCACGACAUCAAUAGUUGGACAAAGAAUACAGAUGGGUCCCCUUCCAAACUGAAGAUGCCAACAAUAAAAAUACCAAAGUUUGGGGUUGGAAGUCCAGGUUCAGAAAAACCUGUUUUAGACAAAGACAGUAAAACAGCAGAAGCUGAAACUGAAGGUCAAUCAGCAGAUAAAACUGCAGCAUCUGAACAUAAAGGAAAAGAAAGCAGAUUUAAACUACCAACUCUUGGUUUUUCUGUGUCUCAAACCAAAGAGACAGAUUUUAGUCUGAAGGCAGAUGUAGAUGUGAGGCCACCGGAGACCAAAGCUCAGAUCAAACUCCCAGAUGACGAAGUGAAAAAACCUUCAGCUAAAGUGGAAAUCACCGCUCCUGGAACUGAUUCAAGGUUGGACAAUGUUGAAGAAUCAAAAUCAAAAUACAAAAUACCUACAUUUAAAUUACCCAAAUUAGGAGCGUCUCCUCCUCAAGUCAACAUGGAAGAACCACUCUACUCUCAAGUCAAACCGCCUACAGAUUUAGGCGAUGGGGAUGUUGAGGUGAAAAUGGCGAAAUCUGACAUCAAAAUGUCAAAGCCAAAAGACAUGGACACUUUAAAGAAACAUGUAGACAUCACACAUCCAGCAGUCAAAGCUGAAGGACAAUCUUCAGAUGGUAAACAGCCUUUGGUAACCAUGAAUUUUAGGCCACCAGAGAUCAAACCACACAGCUCAACUGACACGUCCCCCAGAUCUGGGGUUGUAAUUCCCCAGCUAGGUGAGGAAUUACCCAUUGUGAAAAAUGAAAUAAUUAAAGCAGACAUUAUAGUCGAGUCUGUAGAUAUUAAAGAUACUCAACUGAAGAAAGGACUAGAAGAGAUGUUGCAAGAAGCUACAGCUGAAGGUAAACUAUGUAGAGUAGUUUUAUUACAAGAUGUUCCUACAGGUGGGAUUAAGGCUAGUUUAAAACAUCCCAACUCAGGAGCAGGUGCUAAAACCUCUGAUGUUCACGUCAAAAUUGAAACAAACAAAGCAGAAGUCUGUCUACCAGGUGCUGGUGGUGAAAGACCUCCCGGCGCUACUUUGUCACAGGCUGCAGAGCUUAAAAAAAGUAAGUUUUCUCUUCCUGCAAUUUCCUUUUCAAAGUCAAGAACUAAAGAACCUGAAGCGAAAGCGGAUCCUCCAAACCCAGAUGUCGUUGUUCCAGAUGUAGAAGUAAAGGUUGAACAUAAAAUUGACCUUACAGUGCCUGAGCUUAAAGCUGGAGCAGAUGGUAAAGGAAGUGGAUUAAAAGGAGUUGGUCUGAAUUUGUCUCAGAAAGCUGCAGAUCUCAAAACAACAGAAUUAAAAGAUGAGCUCAAGUUCUCUAAAGAUGGAGUCAAACUGAAUUCAGCCAGUGGAGAAACCACAGCAUCUGAGGCUGAAGCUAAGUCUAAAGACGUGAGAGGAUCGCCCUUAAAAUUCAAACUGCCAACACUGAAAAUGCCUAAAUUUGGCAGUGCAUCUCAAAAUAUCCCAACGGAAAGACACAGCCUAGAAAAAGCAGCCAAGAUGGAUGAUGGGAAACUACAGAAAGAAGCUGCCGCCAUCCUCAAAAAUCCAACUGUUGGUACCAAAGCAGCAACACCAGAAACGGAACCAUCCAUGACUGAAACGGAUUAUGGUGAAUUAAAACGUACAACAUUUAAAAUACCACAGCCGAGUCUGUCAAAGCCUAAACCUGAAGAAGAUGUCCCUGCUGACAAUGUAUACAAACAAAAUCAACCAGAGCUUAAAACGGAUUCAAAAGGGGAACAAAAAUCAUCAAAAAUAAUUUUAUCAUCGUUCGGUCAGAUCCUCGAGACCACUGAUGUUGAAUUUGAUGUUCCAAAAGUAGACUCAUGUGCUGAAAUCUCAAAGACAGUGUAUGAAACAAAUGAAACCACCAUAAAGCAUUUAGACACUAAAGAAAAAGAAGCAAGGCCUGAACAAGACUCAGUCAGUUGCCAUUGGAAGGGCGAAUGGUCCUCCCCAGAAGAACCACCCAAGAUUCCAGAAAUAGCUCAGCAGAAGAAUGACACCAGCCCAGUGGGACAAGUGAGGGAGGAGGAAAUAAGUCCCACCUGUUCUGUCCAGUCAUCAGAUGCCUUUGCUGAUAUAAGCUCUACAGUCACAAGUGAGCCUACUGGCCCAAACCUGCAGUCUCCAACCGUGGUCACAGUCAGAGGCUCCUAUCCCUAUCCUGGACUUGGAGAGACACUCUGUGACAUCACAAGAACAGAACGGAUCCCAGAUGAGUCCAACAUAACAGUUUCCUCUACCGUUGAAGACACUCUGAGGCUGGAAUCUGAACAAAUACACAUCAUCACAUCAAAAACAGAGAGACUAACUGCUGUCCUGGAGCAACCAGCUGGAGGCCUUCCUGUGGAACCAGAUGCUGAAGUUGCAUCGUGGGAGGUUGGAGGCUCAAAAAUAUUCACAAAGACCAUGUUUGAAAUGCACACAGUGACAGAAAUGUCAGGAGAUAGCAGCCAGAGCAAGGAAGCACUAGUGAUAACCAAACAGGUCACGCGUUUAUCUGAGCCCAUCUCAGGAGAGACAGCGUCAUCCAUCCGACGACUCCGAGACUCCGUGCACUCAGACAAAAUGAGGUUCUUCGAUGAGGCUGACGCGUAAAAUAUAAAUCCAGUUUGUGUUGAAACAUUCCUCACCUUGUUACUGGAGUUUAGAUGCCUUUUGUCACGAGGCAGGAAGCAAACACAUGCUAGCAACAACAAAAGUGUUAAAGUUAGCUAAUCGUUUGAUUUUGAAAUAUGAUCAAGAUGAUGUCUGGUUACUUAAUAGAAAUAGAUUCAUCUUACGAACACAAACAAUAAUAAAAUAACACAUUAAUAUAUCCAGGCUUUAUCGCACAUCUUUGCUUUGUGAUCCCAAACCAGACCAAAGUGUAACCAUCUUUCAGCCAAUUUAGACUGUGUUUCUGCAUAUAAUUUACCUGCUUUAGUUUAAUUUUGAGCAAUAUUGAAACAUUUUCCAGCCAGCCACCAUCAGUCAAUCAUUCAGUAAUUGGUGAAAAAUUACAGGAGUGGUUUGCUGGUGGAACUGAGAGGUCAUCACAAGGCGGCCCAGACUGGCUUCUCUCUAGUAGAACAACAUGUUGUUUCCAGGUCAGCGUUGAGUAUAAUUCCUCCAGUGUCCUUAUUGUCCCAGGGUCCCUGGUAAGACAUGUCUGACCAUCUCAGCUAGCUUGCCCCAACAUAUGGGCCAUUCCCAUCUGUACCGGGUCGGCCCGGGCCGGGUAGCCCCAGUCGGCCCCAGCCUGGCCCGGUUGAUUCCACACAUCCUUGCCUUAAGCCCAUGUGGGCUGAUUCUACCCAGCAAUCUGAGGCUUGCUCUAAUGGAAGGUGUGCAUUUGCUGUCAGCAGUGGGUGUGUUGGCCCUGGUCGGCCUGAAGCAGACCCCCUCGAGAAGAGGGCUGAGAAUGAGCCUUGGUUGGCCCGGAAAAAUACCAGGCCACCCAGAUAUGUAAACAACCUACGCUACCCGGUCCGGGCCGACCCGGUACAGAUGGGAAUGGCCCAUUAGAAGAGUAGUGGUUCUCGGGUCCCUCCUAAAUAGCUGAGCUCUUCAGUUGUUCCCUUUGUUUUCACUUGAAUAAAUCAGUGUGAUGUAGUGUUCAUUUUAUUUUUAGAUCAUUGAGAUACCUCAAAGCAACACUAAUUAAAUUUUCUACUUCUUUCUCCUACUGGUUGAAACAGCUGAUGUAAAGAACCCAGGCACAGUCUGCUGUAGCUAGUACUAACAACGAGCUAAUGCUAACACAAGCCAGCUGAUAAUAAAUAUGCCAUGAUGUAAAAAGUUCCUCACGGUUACCAUUACGGUUAAAAUAUUACUUACAAGUCUAGUAGCAACAGAGCCAAGUCACUAUCAGUCAAUGAUUUCGUAACCUCUUUCAGCUCCUCUCAAUGUCGAGGCACCUGCCCUCGCAAGACAUCGAGGACACUGUCCUUCCUUGGUCAAAGAAAAUGGUUUAACGGAACUGACCAAUGUGACCGCGGCUUCUGCGGCAGUCGUGUAUAUAGUUGUUAAAAUAAAUAUGUAAGGGAGUUACAACCUGCUAGCCACCGAAGCUGCAGCAACUAACCAACCAUAGCUAACUGCUUUGGAUAUAAAAAAAAACACAUUUUAGAUGCCAACGAUGUCAACCCGAUAGCUACAAUUAGCUGAAAUAUAUUUAAACUUGAAAUUUGCCCCCGAAGUAGCUGUCGGCUCCUGAUCCACCAUCCUAGAAAAUACGGCGCUGUAUUUCGGGAAAUUUCUGACCAAGGCCGGUCUACAAGGCACCUCCCGUGUAUCCUUGCUCAGCUGGCUAAACGGUUAACAGAUGGAGAACAGGCGUCUCGGUAGAACAUAAACAUUGGAACACACCUUGGCGGUUCUGAUGACGUAUCUCCUAGGGAACCUGGGCGGGACCAAGACAUCAAGGCAAGGAUCCUUGACAUUGAGAAACUUCCCAGUUUGAAAGCAAUACUAAAAAAGCCAAAUUCCCAGCUGCUCAGUGUGAGAGGAGACAGCAUCCCCUUUUCACAUAAACAGUGUUCACUUCCUCCAGGACUCAGAAGCCGAGUGCUAGCCUUCUUUCAGGAAUGUCUUAUGUCAGUGUGAUGUGAAACUGAUAGCAGUAUCACGGUUUAUAAUAUAACAUUAAAUGAACCGCUGAGAGAUUUAGAAGGUUGGAGCUAAUCAAAUAUGGCUGAAACUCUCUUUGGUCUUUGGCUGUGCUUGGACUAGGGAGCUUAAGUCUCCUCCCUUUCUGGUCGGCUCAUGGAUCCCCGGAAGAACAAAAAAAUGAAUGCAAAUCAAUGGGGCUAAAAACGCUAUUUUCUAAUCCGCCUUGCCUUACGCUCUCGAUCGCACAUACGGUAUGUUGUAUUGCAAUUUAAAUGAAAGGUAAUGAUGGGUGCUUUGGCCACGCCAGUCACGUACUUUAAGAUUUAUCAGCUUGUAAAAGCUCAUAAUUAGCAUGACUACACACCAGAAAUCGGCACGUUGCAUAUGUGACGUCACCACAUAAUCUCCUCUCCCCUAAUGUAGCUGCUCCUUGCCACAUGGCCGGAUUUCUGGUGGUUCUUUCCUCCUGUGGAAAUUCGCCGAACUUACAGCCCUUUUCCCUCAAGGAACAUAACAAGUUGAAUUAGGAAAAUAGAGUUUUUAGCCCCAUUGACUUGCAUUCAUUUUUUCGUUCUUUCGGGACCCAUGGUCCGGAAGUAGAUGGACGUUAGGCUCCCUAUAGCUGUUAGCUCACACGAGCUGCUAGCUCAGACUAGCUGUUAGCUCAAUCUAGCCGUUAGUUUAAACUAGCUGUUAGGUCAUCAGUCCUGAAGGAUGUAAAUUCUAUUUCUAUGGAUAGAGGCCAUCUGCAAUGGAUAUUGUAAGCCUUGUGUAUAACCUUUACACAGAAACAUACUUCUGAAUGGCUGAAAUAUCAGUGACUGAAGUACCAGAGGACUUGAUAAAUGAACUGAUUUUUGAAACAUUGUUAUUAUCAUUCCCAAAAAAGUGUUUAAAAUAAAUAAAGUCUGGGAAUCCUUUAGGACAUAGCAAAUCAGGAAAUUGCAUAUGCAUGUGUUGUCUAUAGGCUAUUGAUGUUGAAGCUGAUCUGUAAACAGAAACUGUAUUACAAAACUCAAGAGAAAUGUUCAUUGUAAACAAUUAUUUACAAUUAGCUAUUUUUAACCUAGUUUGCUACAAGGAUCUGUAAUCUAUGUAUUAUUUAACAUAUGCUUUCUUUUAUGGUCAGAGUUUUAGAAUAAUGAUGUAAAUAGCUUUCGGAGGCCUUUCGGUUAUUUUGGUUACUGUUCCUGUUUGUAUCCCAAUAAGCUUUAUGUCAGUGUGUUUGCAAAUUUGCACACAGCAGCAAUGAAUAAAACCUAUUGAAAGUCA